AUGCCCAACCAGGCUGAUCUACCCCAAAAGAUAGAUAACAAAUAUCUUACACUGAUAUAUAAAAAGAACGGCUCGUUUGACAAACAGCGGAAACGCUUGCUUGCAAACUUCAAGACCUCACAGACGCAUUCCAACCUUCUCCUUAAGUUAAAGCUUAUGGUAGAAUCUAAGAUAAAAGCAGACCCUUCCAUACUAAUGAAGAACAAGGGUAAGAUGGCUGCUUUAAUACAAGGUGAGAUUAUAAGCAAUAACUCCGGCUCAAACAUUCUAGAUAUUGUCGACAAGGAUAUUCAGGAGAAGAUUAUUGACUCACCAGAAUUCCAUGAUAGCCUCAAGGUUGAGCUCAAGGAUAUACGACGUAAGGCGCUUGGGAUUAGUGAUGAGGAUUAUGCGAAACAGCUAGAGGAAGAAGCCAGGGCGCAGAAAGAAGAAGCGGAGAGGAAGCAAAGGGAGCAGGCAGAGAAGGAACUCGCUUACAAGAACAACUUCAAGGUUAAACAGCUAGCAGCACCACCUAGGCAAGCAAGACCUCCACGCUUCAAUCUACCGACUCGUGAAAGAGACAGCUACCGCGGACGUGCCAACAACGGGAGGCACACUGAUAGGUAUGAAAGACCAGGCUCUGGUCAGCAAUGGUCCCAUGAUGAUCGUAACGGAAGGCCAUCUUCUAGUCAUAUGAUGUACUAA